AUGGCCACUUUAACCUUCCCUCUCUUUUCAUGCCCAGUUUCUAAUUCCCAUACUCUCUCUAGACUGUCCCAUUCAAUAGUAUCCGCAUCACGCCCUAACAGCAGCAAAAACCGCAACCAUAAAUUGCUACAGCUCCCCAAGAACCGUAGACGAACAGAAUCUCCUCCCGACUUCCGUCCCAGUCUCGGAAAACCUUCCACAGAACGCGAUUAUGAUGAAAACAACGAUUCUUUUCUUGCCAAUUCUGAUGAUUCUGAGUGGGACCCAGAUGAAAUUGAAGCCAUUUCCUCCAUUUUCCAAGGUCGGGUCCCUCAGAAGCCAAAUAGGGAAAGGCCUCUCCCGCUCUCCCUCCCUCACAAGACUCGGCCUUUGGGAUUCCCCACAUCUAAACGAAUACUCACUACUCGACUUUCUCGUCCUAACAGGCAGCUCGUGUCCAACCAAGUCUACAAGAAGCCGAAUUUCUUGAUUGGCUUAGCCAGGGACAUUAGAAGCCUACCUCCCGAUGAUGACGUGUCCAAGGUCCAGAGGCAGCCGCAUUUGUUCCCAGAUGAUCGGGCCUUGACUUCAACUGUCCGGGUCUUGGCCCGGGCCCACGAACUGAAAAUGCCCAUCAACUUGGACGAAAAUUUCGUGGGCCUGGCGAGCAAGAGCGUUUAUGAAGCAAUGGUGAAGGGUUUCGUGGAGGGAGGGAAGUGGAAAAAUGCAUUGAGUCUGCUCUUAGCCGCUGCAAAAGGGAAAAGGAUUUUGGAUCCUAGCUUGUAUGCCAAAUUGAUUAUGGAGAUUGGGAAAAACCCGGAUAAGAGAAUGCUCGUUUUGCCUCUGCUGGAAGAGCUCGGGAGAAGAGAUGAGUUUGAGCUGACUCAGCAGGACUGCACGGGCAUUAUGAAAGUGUGUGCCAGUUUUAGGAAGUUUGAUGUUGUGGAGGAAUUGUAUGGUUGGUUUAAAAAAUCGGGCAAUGUUCCGAGUGUUGUGAUGUACACCACUAUUGUGAACUGCCGGUAUUUGGAUAGUAAAUAUAAGGAGGCUAUGGCUGUCGUGUGGGAAAUGGAGGGUUCGGAUUGUUUGCUCGAUCUCCCGGCUUAUUGGGUGCUCAUAAAGCUUUUUGUUGCUUUGGGUGAUCUCUCGAGAAGCGCGAGAUAUUUUUCGAAGCUUAAGGAAUCGGGUUUUGCGCCGACGUACGAUAUUUACAGGUGCAUGAUCGGAAUUUAUAUGGCUUCUGGGAGGUUGGCAAAGUGCAAGGAAAUCUGCCGUGAGGCUGAGAUGGCUGGGCACAACUUCAAUGAACUCUGUAAGGGUAAAUAG